CUUGAAAUCACUGCCAAAUGGACCGAUCGUUUUCCGUCGGUAUGCGACCGGCGAAGAAUACUAAUGUCUCGCGCUCGCGACAAUCAUUGGCCGGUUCUUUCUUUGCCGGUCCCGGUGGCGGAGGCCGCUCAAACAACACGACCAACUUCACCCGGCAGGGCUCUGGUCGCUACAGCCUUUCGUCUCGGUUGAACGUUUCCAAACAGGAUGUGGUGGCCAAAUCCGAGUACAACGUUCUCGAAACGUACGGACUGGUGCUGCCGGUACAAGUGACAAAUAUGCUGUCGUACAGCGAUCGAAACAUUCCCGUGUCGGUAAACUAUAGCCAAAAUGGAUGGGCCUGGUUGGUACAGGGACGCCGGCUGUUCGUUUGGCAGUACUGUGAGAAUCCUAUUCAAAAAUCCACCAGCGGUGGCGGCGGCGGGGGGUUUGCUAAGGAAUCCGUUUCGAAAAUCGCUCGCAAAGUUGGGUCACAAAUUUGGGAGCUUAUGCUGCCGCACUGCGACAUCGGGCACAAGGCGACGCUAGUGUCGGUGUUCGUUUGCGAGGGUCAAACGACGGCCGGGGCGUCCUGUAUGGCCGUUUCGCCGGCGGGUGACGUGCGCUACUGGCAGUCGAUCCUGCACGACGGUUCGUCAAUCGACGAAAGCAACAUCCUGGAGGGUCAGGAGUUUCAGCAGCUAGUUCCACUCGGCGGGUGUGAGUUCAUCCUGGCCACAACCACGUGCAGUUUGGUAAGAUUGAGUGUGGACUUGCAUCAGGGGCACACGAGCAUCCAGGCGCGGCUCAUGAAGCCACCGUCGGGUUUCUUGGGCAGUAUUGGCAAACGGUUCGCUUCGAUUAUCAUCGGCAUGCACAACAACCAGGAGCGGGAAAAUAAGUUGGUGAAAAUUACCUGUGAGAAGAUGUCCGCCAAUGAGUGGCACGUCACAGUGUUGGCCGACCGCUGGAUUCAACGCUGGGCGCUACAACCGAACAGCAAAACUGAGCGAUUCCUCAGCGAAGAUGUUGAAAUCGUGAAAAAAAUGCGCGAUUUCUUUCACCAAAAACUAUGGAGCACACGGGACGUAUCGGAAAUCGAGCAGUGGCCCCUCGACAUGCAACCGACCGACCGUGGCGUGAUCGUGCUCUCAGCGGCCGCUAACCACCAGCGAUCGCCCCAGGUCCAGUACGCCCUGAUGACGUUCGUGUUCGACUCGAAUAAUACGUUCACGCUGACCGAAACCACCAUGCUGCGCUACCAGGGACUUUACAAUCCGGAGCGCGUGACGGACGAUAUGGAUUUCCGGUUCAUUGCCAAUCGAAGCUUCGCCUAUGUGUACAACGAGCGGUUCAUUUUACCGGUGGCAUUAAGCAGCGGACCGGUGGCAUCCACCGAAAGCAGCGUGGAGAAGAUUGAAUUCAGCAAGCACGAAAAUGCAAUCCUGAUGGGCAAUUGCUUCCAAAACUUGCCACUGUUUUUCACCCGCCUAAACGGGGUCGUCAUCGUCACACCGUCGGACUUUGAUCCGAGCGAGAUGUUCAACUCGUCGUUCUCGUCGGACGUGUUCAAUUCGAACGUUUCCGGCGCUGCCGACCCGACCAUGGCUUCGAUGAAGCAGUCAAUCUUCGCACCGUCCGCAAUCAAUGCGGGCAAUCUGGUGCUGUACGAGCUGGAUCCGGACGAGCUGACCGAAUCGUUCGCAACCGAGCCGGACGAUCCGGUGCAUUUGCUGAAGGCCGCCUUCAUCUAUCACGUCAAGCGAAACACAACAAUGGCGGAUGAACUCAUCCAAUCGCUGUUGGAGACGACCUCGCAACGCGACCAAGUCGACGGGGUGCUCGAUCGUACAGUGCUUAAGAUAGCGAUCGAUCUGGCCGACGACACACCGGCGGCUGAUCCACGCUGGGAAGUGACCGACCGGCACGCCCUCGGAUCGUCUACCUCGAUGCAAAUCGUCCAGCAGCUGCGAGAGAAAAACGUUGCGUACACACUGUUCAUCGAGUUCCUGCACAGUCGAGGCCUCUGGGACCGUUUGGGUGCGGUCAGUGGCACCACAACAAAUACGGGAGAGAUCCACACUACGGCGCAGUGUCUCUCGGACAUCGGGGAGAAGAUAGUGGCCGCCAUUGGGCUACGUUGCCUGCACAGUGGCCACGCGCGACUACUCGACGAAGCGAUCAGUCUGGUGCUGCGCCAAUCGAACCGCUCGGUUCCGUUUCCCAAUCUCAUCCCGCAGGACCUUUUCUACGCACAGACCAGCCGAGUGGAGGAGCUUUUCCAUGUACUCGCCGAACUGGUCGACCGGUACGUAAAGGAGGAACGCAGUCCCAUUCAGGUCCAGACGGCCCUGGUCGAAGUGAACACGAUCAUACUGACCGUGCUGCAGGAGGUACUUAAGUUCCGUGAAACAAAGGUUGAAAUGUUCACGGUGCGAGAGGGGCUGAGCAAUCGGUACGAGUACGUCCCGUGGACGGCAGCUUCGGGGAAACGUGGUUUGAGGGAUGUCCUGUCGCACAUGGUCAGCACCACGCUGCGGGAAGGAAUUAAAGGAACGGCCGAACCUGAGUUCCGCGCCAAACACUUCACGCAUAUGACCGAACUGGUCGACUACGUUCUGGAUGGACGCAAGACGUACCUGGAGCACAUCCACGAUCCGGAUAAAUACGACGUCUUGCUGCAGCAGUACAAAGCACAAAGAAGUGACCUAAUCUACCCAUUUUUGGAAGCAGAGCAGUACGAGAUGGCGGCAAAGCUGGCCGAAAAAUAUCUGGACUUCCAGGCGCUGGUGGAAAUCUGCGACAAAACCAACAACCAGGAGCGUCUGGACGAGUACAUUGAGCGCUACCGGGAGCAUGAUUUCGCACAGUUUGCCAUCAGCUGGCACAUGCGCCAGAGCAAACAAGGGAACAUACUGCAGCGCUUCAAGAACAAUCCGUCCGAGCUGGGCCGCUUCCUGGUCGAUCACCCGUCCAUGGCCUGGAUUCAACUCGUGUUCAACGGGGAGCUGUUGCAGGCGGCCAAAGUGCUCGGUGCGUUGGCACAGCGUGAAUUGGAACUGUUGGCCCGCAAACGGGUGAUACUUUGCCUCGCAAAGCUUUGCCUGCUGGCGUCCGACGGGGAGAUGCACGGGCCGCUACUAAACGAGCUCAACUCCGAGCUGGAACUGAUCGAGAUCCAGGAAAAUAUUCCAUCCGAACUGCUGGAACACUUCGGUUACGACUCGAAGGACGUGAAGGUUCUCACACCGGACGAAAUGGUCAAUCUCUUCAUUGCCGAUGUGUCCGGUAUAUCAAGCGAAAAAGAGUUCCACCACGCACUGGCUCUUUUGCCAUACUUCGCUAAUCCGGACGAGGUGCGCCAGCGGAUCUGGUGCGCUGCCAUCCAGCGCGACUCGUGGGAAGAUUACAACAAAAACUCCCCACUCGAUAGCAUGCAGAAUAUGCUGUUCUUCAAGCUGAUCGAUCUGUGCUUCAUCUCUGACGGGGGACGGCUGGAGAAUUUUCUUCCGCCGCUGGAAUACUUCCUGGAAGCGCCAGAGCUAGGCGAGCUCACCGAUAACAAAUCGUUUCAGUAUCUCAUGCGGCUCGGUUACGAGCACAUUCACGAGUCGUAUCAAACGAACUGAAUCGAUAAAGUGAUCCUCAAACGAAGGUGGUUUUCGUGUGUUUCAAUAAAACGGAGUUUCAUAAAAGUUAGAUUUGUGUGAACAAAAGUGUGGAAUAUUUUGAAAUGUCACCGAAUUUAUCUGAUCAAGUAAGUGUCGAGUUUAUGCCCGCGAUAUUAAAAAUAAUAGUCAUUUUUAGUUAUUUGUUGCAUGUAGGAUGAAACCAUGGGGGGUACCCAUGCCGCAGCGGUAGCGCGAGGAAACACCACGCCACAUGUGUGGGAUCGAAUCUCGAGUAUGGCACCCCCCGGUAUUACGAACGGCUGACCACCGGAUCUAUAAUAUACCGUCUUUCGGUCACACAAACUCUCUUCGGAGAGAGGCCUUGUCCCACUAGGGGAUGUCGUGCCACAUAAAAAAAAAGGAUGAAACAGAUAGAUCCGAUUUUGUAAGCUGUUUAUUAUCCAAUACGAACUUGCCAAAACAUGAAGAUUCCAGUAUCAAAUGUCAUUUACAAAAUAUUCACCGCGGUCUUUCAGCAUUUCAGGAAAGCACACUUGAAAAAUUUCUAAAGUAAUCUUUUCUAGUACCAGAUAGGACAGGAUGAGCAAGGUUUCAGAAGGCCAUGAUAAAUACCGGACUUUAAACAUAGUAUAAGGGGAAAUUCAAUCCAGCUAUCAGCUUGGUUGUUCUAGUUAAGGCAUGAUGAAGAUCAAUAUCAUGUGCCGGAUGAAUUUGGAUAGAAAAAACUUAAGCUCCUUUGCUCAUUUCAAAUGAGGCCAAAUGGUAUGGCAUUAAGGGCACUGCCCUCCUAUAGCAUUAUAGAAUUAAUAGAAUAAUAGAAAUAGAAAAAAAAAACAUUACCGAGGAAUAAACUUAGUUGAGAAAUGGACAUCCAUAUAUGGCGUUAAGUUGGGAUUCACUAAUUACUUUGUC